CUUGCGCUUGCUCGCUAUGAAUGCCACACUACCUGGCGCCUUCCUACGCGACUUUUCACGCGUCUUGACGUGCUUCUCAAAAGUGAGCGAUGAAGUGACUUUUGAAGCACAACCAGGCAAGCUACUCAUCACUGCCAUCAAUACGGCAAAAUCGUCUUUCCUGCUCGCCACACUCAACGCGACAGUAUUUGAUAAGUUUGAGUAUGUUGCGCCACCUGCUAGUGCCUUUCAUGGACAUCAAAAGGAUCGUCCGCUAUACUGCUCCCUCCAAAUACGCGCAUUACUCUCCAUCUUCAGGUCCCGCGCUUUCGAUGCACGUCCGGAUGCAAACCGAGAUGCAUCUGUUGAACGCUGUGAAUUAAAACUCCUCCAUCCCUCAGAAGACAAGACGCAAUGUGCAUUUCUCGUUAGACUUGUUUGUAAGCAUGGUGUGCGCAAGACAUUCAAGCUUCAAUACGAGCCUGUUCGCUCUGAACAUGCGACGUGCGAUCGCCACACCUUAUUCAAUCGUCUCAAAAUUCCCUCCGUCUCACUCAAAGAAGUCGUUGAUCAUUUCGCACCUCGAGCAGAGGAAGUGACAUUGGGCUUGGUGGAUGGGAACUUACAAAUCACAAGCUUCACGGAAGGUGUGGUGGCGAAAUCGAAUGUUCAGCAAAUCUUGAAGCAACCUGUCAGUACAACAGUCAUGAUGGAUGCCGCGGAACUCGAUGAAGCCGAUGCAGAUGAAGAUGUGCGCAUCACAUUCGGACUUCGUGAAUUCAAGGCGUGUUGCGUCUUGAGUGAACAAUUAGGUCUACAACUACGACUUGCAUUUGAGACACCAGGGAAACCACUCUUGGUAGAGUGUGGGAGUGGUGGACUGACGUUUGAGUUACUUGUUGCAACGACUCAGGAUAUCCCUGGUGGUACAUUGACUGCACGAUCUGGUAGAUCAGGAACAGGCAGACCACCAGCAACGCUACUUGGUCGUAAAAGACCCCUCACAGGAACAACAGCGCAAAGAGGUCGUUUGUAUCCAGAUCGUCCGAGUAGCAGUGGUGCAAGUGGUGCGGGAUUCUCAAGUAUGCAAGGCAGUGGACAGCGUAAUGCUUGGACACCCGGUGGGACGAUGCAUGGUGAUGCACAGGGUCUUGCAAGUCAACCGCUCUUCUUGCCAGAAGAUGAAGCGACGCAGGAAGCAUCCGCCGGUGCACAAAGUCGACCGGUGCAUCAAGCUGCCGAGCAGGAAGGAGAGGGUGAUUUUGGAUUUGCAGAGAGCGAUAAUGAUGCGCUUGAGCUGUAUGCGGAUGAGAUGGAGGUCGAGGAAGACGAGGCAAUGAGUGCAACCCAGCAACCCACACAAGCUGCACCUAAGCCUCGUGGUCUCUUUGACUGAGGUUUUGGGAGGGAGUAGCUGCUCAGUAGCAUGCCAUCUGAUCUCAUUCAGUAGUCUGAAAUUGGUGC